UGUCAUUCUGAUUCGUCAUUAGCUUCCGCGAUAAUUCUCAUACUGUGUAGAACUAGGGCAGGAAGAAUACAGGAGAGAGUUGCGAGUACUGACAGUUCUUGAAGAUCCGUGAAGCAUUCGUUUUUCACCAUGGUGCUGGAAAGUACUAUGAUAUGUGUCGACAACAGUGACUUUAUGAGGAACGGCGACUUCCUCCCAACUCGUCUGCAGGCUCAACAAGACGCUGUAAAUCUUGUAUGUCAUUCAAAAACUAGAGCUAACCCCGAAAACAAUGUUGGUUUGCUGACUUUGGCCAAUGUGGAAGUAUUGGCCACUUUGACAUCAGAUGUAGGACGAAUUCUUUCUAAGCUGCAUCAAGUUCAGCCUAAUGGAAACAUGAACUUAUUGACUGGUAUUCGCAUUGCUCACUUGGCUCUUAAGCAUCGCCAGGGAAAGAACCACAAGAUGCGCAUUGUUGUCUUUGUUGGAAGCCCAAUUACCGCUGAUGAGAGAGACUUGGUUAAAUUAGCAAAACGUUUGAAGAAAGAGAAAGUUAAUGUAGACCUUGUAAGCUUUGGAGAAGAAUUAUCUAACAAUGACAUGCUGACAACAUUUAUUAACACCCUUAAUGGUAAGGAUGGUGCAGGAAGUCACCUUGUCAGUGUUCCCCCUGGUCCUCAUCUCUCUGACGCUCUCAUCUCCUCUCCUGUGAUUCAGGGUGAGGAUGGAACUGGUGCAGCUGGUCUUGGUGGCGCUGGUUUUGAAUUUGGAGUGGAUCCCAAUGAAGACCCAGAACUUGCAUUGGCUCUACGUGUUUCCAUGGAAGAGCAACGUCAAAGACAGGAGGCUGAGACUCGCAGGGCUAUGGCUGCAUCUGAAGGAUCAACCCCUGUGCCUACAACUAUUAAGGAGGUUCCAAAUGAGGAGGCAAUGCUUGAGCAAGCUCUGGCCAUGUCCAUGGAAGUAGAUGAGAAUGCACCAGCUCAGCCAGACAUUGCAAGCAUGACUGAAGAGGAGCAGAUUGCUUUUGCCAUGCAGAUGUCAAUGCAGGAAGCAAAAGAACAAGCUGAGGCCGGUGCUGAGCCCAGUGGCAAACCUAAGCAGUCAGAAACCCCAAUGGAGGUGGAUGGGGAUGAAGACUUAACUGAAGUUAUGAAUGACCCAGCCUUUUUGCAGAGUGUGUUGGAAAACCUUCCUGGUGUGGACCCUCAGAGUGAAGCUGUCCGCCAGGCUGUAGGUUCACUCUCUAAGGAUAAGGAAAAGCAGGAGAAAGAUAAGAAAGAGAAGAAAUAAAUUAGGUAUUUUAUUCUACAAAUUCUUCUAUCAAAGUGAAGAUUACUAUAAUUUUUGGGUUACAGUAGCUUGAGAGAAUUGUUCACUGCAUUUUAACAACAGUAAAUAUUAGGUGUGACUUCCCUUUUCCGUUUAUUUCUUCAGUUGAAUUUUACAAAACUUUUGUACCAGUCCUUGAUAAACAUCUCUCUGGACUACUCAUUUUGAUAAUGUAAAAUUACAGCUUUUCGAAGUCAAAGAUAAAUAAAUUACUUUGGCUACUAAAACUGAUCA